AUGUGUAUAUUGAGUCUUCGCAUCCCAUCCGAAAGACAAGAAUACAAAGAGACUACAAUUGCCAGAAACGACGCCGAAGAAGACAUUCUCGAGUUACUGAAUGAAAUAAAAAACGAGGAACAUAAAUCAUUACAGCGUCUUCGUGAAGAGUUGUUAUGGCAGCAUCCGCUUUCGAAUCAAUUAAUAGGGACAGGACUUAUAUCUAAUGCUAUGCCAAUUAAGCGUCAAAAUUCCCGACAUAUGCUGUGGAACAAGAUGGGAAAAAUGCGUGCUGGUAGUGAUAGUAUCAAUUCCUUAUUAAAAAACGACAAGGGCAAGAGGAGUACAUGGUAA